AUGCCUCGGUCGAAGUAUUCACAGAUAACGGUUGUUCCUGGAACAGACUCUGAGGACAAUGACCUCGACGAUAUCAAAUAUCUUGCGCCAAAGCGGCAGGAGAAAGAAAAGACCUUUAAGGCAGAGAAAGGUGUCGAAAAGAAGAGUGUUUCCAAGUUGGAACAUGCAAUCGAAGCCGCAGUAGACAGCGAUGAGACUGAUUCUGGAAAUGAUACCAGUGAUCUGGAUAACAUCAAAUCUACAUCUCCAAAGAAGAAAUCAAAUCCAAGACCUAAAAUUGCUCCUAAGAAAGAUCCUUCAGUUAUCGAUCUAUUAUCUUCUCCAGAGCCAAUAGCAAAAAAGCCAAUUCUACCAACCAAAAAACAACGUCCGUUAUCAACAUCUACACCGCGCAAAAAACGUAAACCCAGUAGCCCAGUGCAGCCUUCUUCAUCCUCCUCGGAAGAUGAUUUUCGUCCCUUUCCCCGGAAACGUGCUCGGGAGGGUGUAGCUUUCCCAAAGGGAGCCCGUCCAAGAGUUGAACGAGGCCGUGAAAAAGUCGUAAUGACAGAUGACGAAGAUGACGACCCUUACCAACGCUACAAGGCAUCCAAAAAAAGAAAGCCUGGUACCCGUGGCCGUCCUAGGAAAGAUAGUGCAAUCACACCUCGAAAGCCCUAUGCAUCUUCGUCAACUCCACGACCCCGUCGCACCAAUACCCAGCUUAGAGAUCUGGCUAUUGACCGCGAAAAUGGGUUCAAAUCCGACGAAGAUACAACGCUUGAUUGUCCACUUCAUCUACUUCUAAAAAAACAAACUCUCGAGAAGGAUCAAAAAGAGAAAUCCAAACCGUUGGAAUCAAUAUAUAGGUUCCCACCCGAUUCCAAUAUAUUCUCAGAUGAUGAAGAUGUAUUAGAAGAUUUGGAGGAAAAGCCACAGUUUCCUGGUGCAAGCCCCUGCCGUGCGUAUGAAGACAUUGUACUCGAGAGAUCUCGCGGUGUGAUACCGGCGUCUAUUGCUCGAUGGCUUCGGGAUUACCAAAUCGAGGGUGUACGGUUCAUGCAUAAUGCUUUCAUCCUUAAUACAGGUGUAAUCCUCGGCGACGACAUGGGCCUCGGGAAAACAGUGCAAGUUAUCGCAUUUCUUACCGCUGCGUUUGGAAAAACCGGGGAUGCGAGGGAUUCACGCCGUAUGAGGCGUAUGAGAGACCGGCGACCAGAUGAGUGGUAUCCAAAGGUACUAAUCGUGUGUCCGGGGACUUUGAUAUCGAAUUGGAUAAGAGAGCUGGAGACAUGGGGUUGGUGGCAGGUUUAUGCAUAUCAUGGAGCUAAGGGGGCGAAAGAGGAUGCAUUGAGGGCUGCUAGGACAGGGUACCUGGAGAUCCUGAUCACUACAUACGAUACAUAUCGGCGGGAUCAAGCGAAGAUCAACAUGAUAGAAUGGGAUGUAGUCAUCGCAGAUGAAUGCCAGAAGGUUAAAGAACGGACCUCUGGAAUUACAGAAGCUAUGAAUGUCGUCAACAGCCUCUGCAGAGUCGGUUUGACAGGGACAGCCAUUAUGAAUCAUUAUGGCGAGCUCUGGAACCUCCUCAACUGGAUCCGUCCCGGCGAAGUCGGUACCUAUAGCGACUGGAAAAACGAUAUUGAAAACCCUUUGAAGAUUGGACAAGCUCAUGGUUCUACAAACGCCGAGCUGGCACGUGCCCGCAGUACAGCUAACGACCUCGUCAAAAAUCUACUGCCACGGAUGUUCCUGCGCAGGAUGAAAUCACUUAUCGCGCACCAACUACCCAAGAAAACGGAUCGCGUGGUAUUCUGUAAACUGGGUGCUUUGCAACAAGAAGUUUACGAGAAUUACCUCGAGAGCGAAAUCGUGGGGCUGGUAAAAUAUUCCACUGACAAAUGUGAUUGUGGGUCGCAUAAAACGAGAGGUAAAUGUUGUUAUAGGAAGCUUGAAGAUGGGACCACAGUUUCUCAGGCGGUAUUUCCAUGUAUCACCAACAUGAAACUGUUGUGCAACCACCUCGCAAACUGGAUUCCUCGUGAUGGAGAGUCCCUGGAAAAACAGGAGAAGGAUAUCGAGAAGUUACAAAUCGGACUUCCCGGUAACUGGGAGAAAUAUUACAGGAGACAGCACUUCGAAAACGUCAUGGACCCCGAAUUUUGUGGGAAAUGGCAGGUUUUACAGAAACUCCUUGCAUUCUGGAAGGAGAACGAAGAAGCUGCCAAAGUUCUUAUCUUUUCAGGGAGCAAGAAGCUUUUGAAAAUGCUAUACAUGCUACUGAAUAAUACGCAUUAUAAUAUCUGCUAUUUGGACGGAGAGAUGUCUUUGGAAGAUCGAACCGCCGCAGUGGAAAAUUUCAAUACCGAUCCGAGUUACUUUGCCUUUUUGAUCUCUACGAGGGCGGGAGGAGUUGGUCUCAAUAUUGUGUCAGCAAAUAAAGUCGUUGUAUUUGAUCCGUCCUGGAAUCCAUCGCAUGAUUUGCAAGCGCAGGAUAGAGCUUACCGUAUUGGUCAGCGUAGGGAUGUGGAAGUAUUCCGACUGGUUUGUGCAGGAACAAUCGAAGAGAUGGUAUAUGCGCGACAGAUAUAUAAGCAACAACAAGCGAACAUUGGGUAUGAAGCUUCUUUUGAACGAAGGUAUUUUAAAGGAGUGAUGAAGGACGCGAGUCGGAGGGGGGAGUUAUUCGGGUUGAAGAAUCUAUUUACUUUCCACCAAGAGAACGUGGUUCUGCAGGAGAUCGUGAACCAAACCAAUGUGGCGGAGAGUAAGACUGGUAUUGCGAUUUUGAAUAUGCCGGAUAUCAGUGGCGAUGGGCCGGAUGAAAGUACAGUUUUUGGAGAGGAAGGAAGAGGAGAUGAAGUAGAUGAUAUCAUUGGUCAGAUUCAAGCGAUGGUAUCUGAUGAUGCUAAUAAUCCUGCUACGACGGGGGCGAAUAAGAAGAUGAAAUUAGAUCCCGUAUCUGCGAUUCUUGUGUCCGCGGGAGUGGAGUAUACGCACGACAAUACGGAGGUAAUAGGGACGUCGAAGCUUGAGGAGAAUAUCUCUAGAAAAGCGGUAGAGGUGAAUGAAGAUCCGACUAUGAGGGCCAUGACGGCUUUUCAGAAUGAUGUUAUGAAUGAUGGGAGGUUCAAGGUUGGUGGGGUUCCAGGGGAAGUUAGGGUCAGGCAGUUUAAUGAAUUAAGGAGAGCUUUUGGGUAUGAGAAAAAGGAAGAAGGGAGAUUUGCAUUGGAGGUUGAAGGGUGGAGGCCCGAGAAGCGGGCGGGAGCACUGGAGAAGUUUUACAGGUCAAGACGGACGGUUCUGGCAGCUAGAGGGGAGUUAACGGAGAGAGAUGAGGUGCCAGAGGUCCGCCAGGAAGUCAUUACUGUAGACGAUACAGAAGAGGAGGAAGAGGAGGAAGAUGAAGAUGAGGUUGAAGACGAAGGGGUAGAAGACGAAGACGAAGACGAUGAAGAGCUUCGGUAA